CCAACAGUAGCUCCAAGGGGCGGUGUCCGACAGAGGAGGAGAGCUGGUGCGCACACAAGCUCCACUUUUACGCAUCAGUUGUUCACCGCAGCAGUCAUCUCGUCCUCCUCGUGAAUAGGACCAUGUUGUGCUUGGAUUCUAUAUAGAAAACAUAAUCUGUGACGUGAUAGUGUAAUCUAGUUUCAAGCACGACCCAAAGUGAAGGAUACACCAGCAGAGUGCGUGCGCGUGGAGCAAGUGGACCCAGAGAAGUUUCCGUCAUGGGAGCGCGUGGAUGGAGCUCGGCGCGUCUUGGGUUCGUCGUUUGUGGAUAUUUGGUGUUUUUCUGCGCGGAGAUUGUUCCAGGGGCGGAAGCGGGCUGCAGGGAGAGGGAGAGCCCGAACUGCUGCACCGGCCGGAAUAACGACUGCUCCGAGUACAGCAAGAGAAAAACUGUGUGCUACUGUGAUACCUACUGUCAGAAGACCGGAGACUGCUGCGAGGACUAUCAGCGUGUGUGCCAAAUAUCUGCAGCCAUUGACUGUGUGGUGGGAUCAUGGGGUCCCUGGUCGUCAUGCACAUCUCCGUGUGGAGUCGGCAGCACAGAAAGGAGUCGCCAAGUUUCUGUUCCCCCCAGAAACGGAGGUACGCCCUGUCCAGACCUCAAACAGCGUCGAGGAUGCUUCGGAAACAACGCCAUAUGCAGCACUGCCAAAGAGGUGGCGAAGAUCCUGCCUGAUUCUUUCAAGAGGAACUUCAAAGACCCGUGGAGACGACCACACAUGCUGAUGAAGGAGGAGAAGGCCAGUUACUGUGUGUACCUGCGGGUGAAACAGGCCAGUGCAGCAUGUAAACUCAAACUGUGGAGUGCUCAGCUUGUGAGAGAGAGGCUGGUCUGCGCUGAGUGUCAGAGUGACGCCAUGUCGAAGUCCGACCUCUGUGGAGGGGACGGCCGGGAGAGCACCAGAACGUUCUGGGCAGCAGCUUCAGUCCCAGGAUGUCAUGGUUCCUGGGUACGGGAGUCGUCUUCAGAGGGCUGCCACUGUCCUCCCUACUCUGUGCUCUUUGUGUGAACAUUCAAACCCCAGACAUCCGUGUGCAGGGACGACAUCCCCCUGGACGCCUCCUGCUCACUGUGGAGCGCCCUGCCAGCCAAGCCAGAUUCCUGGAUGGGUAACUCAAGGAGAUCAACAGCAUCCUGCCACUUUUUGUUUUUUUCACCUCAUAAUCUGUACUGUAUAAACUAUUACUAUAAGCACACAGAAAUCCUUGCAUUUUACUUCAGAUUUUACAGCCACAUUAUGUACUUUUUCUCCUAUAAAGCACAGCAACAUCUAAAUACCUUUUUACCUCUCAAUCUUUGCUAUCUACCUCCAUCAAUGCAAAUGCAUUUGUUAAUGCAUAAUGUAUAAAUAUAUAAAUAUAUUAUUUUGCUUUAUACAUUUUCUACUUUUGAUUGUUUAUGUGUAAUGUAUAUGUGUCUAUAUAACUACACUUGUUGUAUCCAACAGUUUAAACACCAAACACCCAGUAAUUCACAGGGCCCUAAAUCACCUGCUGGUUAGAGAUACUGAAAACUGGUUCAAAUUGUAUCCAUCGCUAGAAUCCUUAAGCCAAUAUAUGUGUAUUUUUACAGUUUUGUCCCUGUGAUCAUUUCUUUUUAAACAAAACAUUAAUGCCAGCAAGUCAAGGUGAAUAUCAGGUAUUGAUUCUCAGGUGCUUACAUUUGUGUCUUUGUCUCCCAUCAAGCUUCCUCGUUCACGUCUGCCUCCUCUUAUAGUGAGUCAUUGAUGUUUUUUAGUGUUUGGAUCUAAUAUUGUUGGAGAGGAAAAAGAGCCAUUUAAGAGAAUUUCACUCUGGUUCUCUCUGUCCUCUGUGGCCAAGACUGAAAGGAAUGGCUUUGUUGAUGUUUUCUUUGUCUCACUGGCUGUUUUUCAAAAAACCUUUUAGAUUCCAAUAACAGUAUCUUCAUUUUGAUAAUCAGCAAAGUGUCCUCCCACCUCCUCGCCCUGCUCUUCCUUUUCUUCUCUCCUCUGGCUUCAUGUUUUCUCUCAGAGAAACUGUUGAAAAACACAAAUUUCCCCACAUCUCUUGUUCCACUGGUUUUAUACGAGGACUCGUGUAUUGCCAGUAAAACACUUUCCUCCCUGGAACUCUGUGACUUUCUCUCCCAUGUCUGUGCCUGUGUUUGUGUGUUUAUUUAUUAUAAAACAAGCAAUGAUUUUAUUAGUGCAGCGCAGCAUACUCUGUACACUGUCCAUUAGUAAGAAAAUAAACAACU